AUGCCACAGAAAUUUCUUAUCAGUGGAGCAGGACUCAUUGGAUUAUUACUUGCCCAAGCAUUUAAAUCCCGAGGAAUUGAGUUUGAAAUAUUUGACCGAGAUGAAUCAAUUCAGUUUCGAGAAGAGUCAGGGUGGGCCAUCACCCUUCAUUGGGCUUUGAAAACAUUUCAAAACCUUCUCCCUGAUGAAUUAAAAGAACAAAUAUAUUCAGCUCAAGUGAGACCAGAUUUCCAUAAGCAAGACACUGGGAACUUCAGGUACAUCAAUGCUGGUACAGGGGAAUUUGUGGUAUCAAUUCCACCUUCUGCAAGACUUCGUGUUAGAAGAGAACAAAUUAGAAAAAUUUUACUUCAAGGUAUUGACGUUAAUUGGAAUUGUAAAACUGAAAAAAUUGAUUUUGAUGAAGGUGUAAAGGUUUAUUGUUCCGGAGGUAAAGGUACUACAUUUACUGGAGAUGUUCUUAUUGGAUGUGAAGGUGCAAAUUCCAUCACUAGAAGGUUACUUUUCCCCAAUGGAGGUGGUGAAUUGUAUCAAUUACCUAUUAGAUUCUGUGGAGCAAAAGUAAAGAUGUCAGAAUCAGAAAUGAAUACUCUUGCGAAAAAUUUUGACCCACUUCUCUUCCAAGGUACAGUCCCCGGUACUAAUACAUUUUUCUGGUUUUCGGUACUUUCUUGUCCAGAUUAUACUGGUGAAGAGGGGACAUAUUACGGGCAAGUUAAUUUAUCAUGGAAUGUACCACAAGAUGAAGAUGAGCCAUUCACAACCACCAAGGAAAAGGCAGCCGCUAUGAAAAAGCAUUCCAAGGAUUUAUGUCCAGAAUUAUCAUAUCUUGUUGAUCGAGCUGUGGAGGACUAUAAUUCCAUAGUAGAGAUCAAAUUAUGUGAUUGGGAUGCAGUUCAGUGGGAUACUCAUGGAGGAAAAGUUUUAUUGGCUGGAGAUUCGGCACAUGCCAUGACAAUGUACCGAGGCGAAGCUGCAAAUCAUGGGAUCACAGACGUUGGUGAAUUGAUUAAAAUAAUUGAUUCAUACUAUAGUAAAGAGAAUGAGAAAACGUGGGAAGAGGCAACUACAUUUUAUUGUAAAGGUAUUAAAGAAAGAGCUGCCCCAGCGGUUUUACUUUCAAGACAAGCAUGUAUUGAUGCACAUGAUUUUUCAAAAAUUACACCACAUUCUACAUCUCCAUUAUUAGCAAUUAGAAAGAAAACUUGA